GUUUGGCCAUUCAAUGCUACCAGUGUGACAGUAAUGAGGACUAUACUUGCCCAUCUGGCUAUGCCUUUGAUAAAACAGUUAAUGCCAUGUUGGACUGUAACGGCUUUGAAGCUGACAUUCCUGGCCAGUUUUGUGUGAAGAUAUACCAAGAAAGCCCUGGUUGGGGUGGAUGGCAGAAGACUACAAGACGGUGUGGAUCAAGAACUUCAUUUGGUGUGGCCUGGGGGUGUAGAUGGUCUUGGGACUACACUGGAGUGUUCAUGGAGACGUGUUACUGUGAAGAUGCUGAUGGCUGCAACGAAUCAACCCGCUUGUCUUCUAGUGUUGUGCUGCUUUCUCUGUCUUUAUUUUCAGCCUUUUAUUAUUUGUUAACUCGUGUGUAA